CAGCAGGUGUCAUCAAUGGCGUUGAUUGCUGAGGAGCAUUUAAGCAGCGGCAGCGGCGUCCUUCACUCUCUCUUCCGUCCACCGUCUUGGUCCUACUGCCGAGCUGCUCGGGUUUCAAUCAUGGGGCCCGGCCUGUCUGCGAGGUUUUCCUGGCUGUGCUUGCUGAUGAUUAGCGGCGUCGCUAGCCUUCCCGUGCAACCACCUGACUCGGGUGCUGGAUCUGCCGCUCUUCAAGAUCUGCGUCCUCCCCUGAUGUCCCUUCAGCGUCAACUCUCCAGCUACCCUGCAGUAGAUGUCCAACCCGCUAACCCUCCUGCUGCCGGCGUGGCCUCCAGUGACCGCAGCAAGGCCGUGACCCGUGUUGACACCAGCAAGAGGUCAAGUGGUUCUGUGGUCCCGCUUGCUGCGUCGGGUGCAAGCUUGCCUCCCUUUUGGGACACGCACAAUCCUCCCAGCUACCAACCCUCAACCGCUGCUAGUCUACAAGUGAUUCCUGUCACCAGGGAGAAAAAACCGGCAGCUAAUCGAGGUGACAACCCCUCCCCAGUGUGGUCUGGCUUUGAUCCGCGUUCCGGCUACAAACAUCUAAUCUCUGGUGUGAAGGACAAUGGGCAUUCUGGGCAGCAGCAAAAAUCUAAUCAAGAUGUUGAUGUGAAUCUAGGAUGGUCAGGCUUCAACCCGGCUAACAUGCGGCAUCGAUGGUCUGGCUAUGACUUCUCCAGCUCCAAACCUCCAGGUGGCGUAAAAGGGGACGCUAGUGAUGCGCAGCAGCAAAUAACCAAACCAGACGCCCACCUGCACCCUGGAUGGUCCGGCUAUGGUUCCUCCUCCGGCUCCCAAACUUCAAAAGGCGACGCUGGUGAUCAACAACAAAUGUCUUUUGGAAGUGGUGUCAAAUACCCUGGAUGGUCAGGCUACGGGUCCUCCAGCUCCCAACAUUCCCAUAGUACAAAAGGGGAUCAGAGUGGUGUGCAACAGCAGAUGUCCAAUCCAGAUGGCCACGUUCAUACUGGAUGGUCAGGCUAUGGCUCCAAAACUUCAAAUGGUGAUGCUGGUGAUCAACAACAAAUGUCUUUUGGAAGUGGUCACAAAUACCCUGGAUGGUCAGGAUACGGUUCCAAACAUUCCCAUGGUACCAAAGAUUUGGGUGAUCAACAGAAACUAACCAAUCCGGAUGGCCACGUGCACCCUGAAUGGCCAGGCUACGGCUCCAAAACUUCAGAAGGGGACGGUAGUGAUCAACAACAAAUGUCUUUUGGAAGUGGUCACAAAUACCCUGGAUGGUCAGGAUACGGCUCCAAACAUUCCCAUGGUACCAAGGAUGUGAUUGAUCAAUGGCAGACGUCCAAGCCAGAUGACCACGUGCACCCUGAAUGGUCAGGAUAUGGCUCCUCCGGCUCCAAACAUUCCCAUGGUUCAAAAGAUGUGGUUGCUCAAUGGCAGACGUCCAAGCCAGAUGACCAUGUGCACCCUGAAUGGCCGAGUUUUGGCUCCAAACAUUCCCAUGGUCCCAAAGAUGUGGUUGAUCAAUGGCAGACGUCCAAGCCAGAUGACCACGUGCACCCUGAAUGGCCGAGUUAUGGCUCCUCCGGCUCCAAACAUUCCCAUGGUCCCAAAGAUGUGGUUGAUCAAUGGCAGACUUCCAAGCCAGAUGACCACGUGCACCCUGAAUGGCCGAGUUUUGGCUCCAAACAUUCCCAUGGUUCAAAAGAUGUGGUUGAUCAAUGGCAGACUUCCAAGCCAGAUGACCAUGUGCACCCUGAAUGGCCGAGUUUUGGCUCCAAACAUUCCCAUGGUCCCAAAGAUGUGGUUGAUCAAUGGCAGACGUCCAAGCCAGAUGACCACGUGCACCCUGAAUGGCCGAGUUAUGGCUCCUCCGGCUCCAAACAUUCCCAUGGUCCCAAAGAUGUGGUUGAUCAAUGGCAGACUUCCAAGCCAGAUGACCACGUGCACCCUGAAUGGCCGAGUUUUGGCUCCAAACAUUCCCAUGGUUCAAAAGAUGUGGUUGAUCAAUGGCAGACUUCCAAGCCAGAUGACCAUGUGCACCCUGAAUGGCCGAGUUUUGGCUCCAAACAUUCCCAUGGUUCAAAAGAUGUGGUUGAUCAAUGGCAGACAUCCAAGCCAGAUGACCACGUGCACCCUGAAUGGCCAAGUUUUGGCUCCUCCGGCUCCAAACAUUCCCAUGGUUCAAAAGAUGUGGUUGCUCAAUGGCAGACAUCCAAGCCAGAUGACCAUGUGCACCCUGAAUGGCCGAGUUUUGGCUCCAAACAUUCCCAUGGUACCAAGGAUGUGGUUGAUCAAUGGCAGACGUCCAAGCCUGAUGACCAUGUGCACCCUGAAUGGCCGAGUUUUGGAUCCUCCGGCUCCAAACAUUCCCAUGGUACCAAACAUGUGGUUGAUCAAUGGCAGACGUCCAAGCCUGAUGACCAUGUGCACCCUGAAUGGCCAAGUUAUGGAGAUUCAAAAGGGGAUGCUGGUGAUCACAAAGACCCUGAAUGGUCAGGCUACGGAUCCAAACAUUCCCAUGGUACAAAAUGGGAUCAGGGUGGUCAAUGGCAGAUGUCCAAUCCAAAUGUUUACAUGUACCCUGGAUGGUCAGGCUACGGCUUCUCCGGCUCCAAACAUUCCCACGGUACAAAAUGGGAUCACGGUGAUCAACAGCAGGCCUCCAAUGUAGAUGUGGACAUGUACCGUAGAUGGUCGGGCCCUGAUGUUUUUGCCUUUAACUCUGGUGCCCAUUGGAUGCCGUCUCACCAGACCAGCUUCUAUGACUAUGAAGACGAAGAUGAUGACGACGAUGAGGAUGAAGAUUCAACAUACAUCAGCCAAUCCAGAAACGGCUACCAGCGUGCACGACAAGAAUUCACCAGAAUGCACUAUUCCCAGAAGGAUCUUCCACCUUUCCUUCCCAUGGCUGCAGGCUACUCAAGAUGGUCUCCAAAGGGCUAAUGAGGAAGAACCCGUGAUUCGGUUCCAGGACGACUAAGAUUUAAUAAAAGAACUGGACUUGA